UCCAUUUCUCAAAUAAAAAAAUCCGAAGGUAAUUUUAAGAAUAACCUACUCGCUACAGGUUAUGACAUAUUAGCUGUCUCGUGAAUAGUUCAGUAAGGACACAUGAUCCUUAAUUUACCGUAGCAUCUGAAUAAUAUUCAAUCAAAUAGCAACUGACGAGUCUGCAAGUGGAAGAGUAUAUUUCAACACUUAGGAAUGUCGCUGCCCGUGAUUUCUUUAUUGAAUGCCCCUAAUACCGUUGGUUAAGUAUAUUUCUGACUUUGUUGGAUGUAUGCAUGUGUUUAAAAGUGCACUUAGCUGACUGUAGAUAACGUUACUUUGCAAGGUCCGUCCUGCAACUCACCCUUCUUGGGAAAGUGGUGUGGUCAGUCUAACCAGACACUGGUCAGCACAGGUCAGGAUCUUUUCCUGGUGUACGCUGAUGGAAAAAGAUACACCUGGCUGCCCUGGACAGUACACUACACGGUGGCCGACUCAGAUGCCGCCCCUGCCGUUGGUAUGUACAGAACUUCGCAGACAGCAUCCAGCGCAAGCCAAACCGGCGUCGUUAUAGGUUCGGUGUUUGGCGUUGUGGUGUUGGUUUUGGUAGUAGUAGGUGCUCUUAUUGCGUGGAGAAUGUAUAGUCGAAAGAAAAUGUCACCUAACCAGAACCAGGAUAUUAUCCGUCACAGUGAACCGGCGAGUGUUGUAUUUACGGUAACGCCAGCAUCUUUCUCCAAUGCUGCCUACGAGGAAGUGAAGUCACCGGAGAUGGGCAAAGAAGCAACUAAAGAAACUUGCAACGCGUAUGACACGCCUCACACCAAUGGACAACACGAGUUCAACCGUAAUCAAUACUUGUCUCUCUCUCAGCCAUCUGUUCCCGGGUUUCCCAAGGGUAACGUCGAAGACAAGUCGGCUACGUAUGAUAACCAUGUUCGCGACGGCAAGGAGGUUUCGGCGCCUGGCAACGUGUAUGCUACACCUCACAAAUAUGGUAAACCUCAGCUCAACCUCUACCACAACCUGCCACUGAAUCAGCCACUAAACCGCACCACCAUCGAGGGUCACGUCGGGGACAAGUCGGCUACCUAUGAUAACCAUGUUCGCGGGGAAAAGAGGGAUUCUGAGAUCUAAGUUGACCGAUAUGAACAAUGGAUUGGACAUGCCUUCGAAUUUCAAUUACAUGUAUGUGUGCGCUUGAAUUCUGAUGUACAUGCGACUAGUGUAUUUUUCAGGAGGAUAUUAUAGAGGAUAAUAUAUACGGAUAAAUUUUGAAAUAUGUGAUCAAUCUAAAUCGAUUCUUAUGACAACAGUACACUAUGCUCGAAUCUAAAGAGUGAUUGAGUAUUGUUUUACGCCGCUAUUAGCAAUAUUCCAGCAAUAUCACGGCGGGAGACACUAGAAAUGGGCUUCAAAUCUAAGUGAAAUCACAUUGCAUCAUAGAAGUGAUGAACAACGAUGAAUAAAGUAUUGUCAAGUAAGGAUGUAUGUAGAACUGUAAUA